ACAGUCAAAGUUGUUGCAUACAGACUGAGCAGACAACUUAAGAGUCGCAAGAAACCUGGGUAGAAUUCCCGCGCAAAGCACUAUUUACAAAAAUUGAAGUAAAAUUAACAUUGUAUAGAAAUAUGAGGCGCACCAGAAGCUCUAAGAACACAUCUCAAGUGAAGGCAGAACGUGAAGAGGUCCAGUCAAACGUGUGGCAGUGGGAGGGGGAUGAUGGCCAGUGGCAACCUUACCCAGCCUCCGCCUGUGCGCUGCUGGACUCUGCGGUCUCCUCUGGAGGAGUCUCUGUCAGCCUGGCUCUCGGCUCUGCGUCUGCUUAUGAGGUCGACCUGAAGAAGAUGGUCCAGGUCAACCCAGUCACAAAGUACAGGAGGAAAAUACGCACGUACACAGUCAAACCUGAGGCUGCAAAUGGUAGUGGCGAUGCAAUCGAUGUAACCAGUGCAGAUGCAAGCACUGUUGAAGUGAAGAAUGAGGAAGAGAAAGAUGAACCGCCCAGUGCCAAGAAGAAGCGCAGUGAGGGGAGGAGCCAGAAGAAAAGCAAAGCCACGCCUGUGGAUGACAUGGAAAGUAAAGAAGUUGUUAAGACAGUUGUCAUGAAAGGCAAGGCUCCGGUGGAUCCGGAGUGCAAAGCCAAAGUUGGCAAGGCACAUGUUUACAGUGCGGGGAAUGAUGUAUAUGACGUCAUGCUGAACCAGACUAAUCUCCAGUUCAACAACAACAAAUACUACCUGAUGCAGCUCCUGCAGGAUGACCAUGCUAAGGCGUACAGCGUGUGGCUGAGAUGGGGCAGAGUGGGCAAAGCUGGACAGAGCAAUUUGAUUUCAUGUGGAGGAGAUCUUUUGCAAGCCAAAGACGUCUUCAACAAAAAAUUCUUUGACAAAACCAAGAAUGAAUGGGGGCACAGAGCCAACUUUGAGAAGGUUGCUGGAAAAUAUGACAUGGUUUUCAUGGACUACAGCAUCAAUGACAAGGAAGAGACUCUCGUCAAGCCCGAAGCUUCGGCCCAGAAGAAGACCUCUCAGCUGGACGUGAAGAUCCAGUCUCUUCUGGAGCUGAUCUGCGACAUCAAGGCCAUGGAGGAGUGUGUGCUGGAGAUGAAGUUCGACACACGGAAAGCUCCACUCGGCAAGCUGACAGUGGAGCAGAUCCGAGCCGGCUACGCAGCCCUGAAGAAGAUUGAGGAGUGCGUGAAGAGGAAGGGGAGCAGCCGUGAGCUGCUGGAGGCGUGUAACCAGUUCUACACACGCAUCCCCCACGACUUUGGGCUGAAAACACCUCCAAUCAUUCGCACGGAGGACGAGCUGAAGCAGAAAAUUGCCUUGUUAGAGGCACUAGGCGACAUCCAGAUAGCAGUGAAGAUGGUCCAGUCCAGCUCCAACAGUGAUGAGCAUCCCCUAGACAGGCAGUACCACUCCCUAAACUGUCAGCUCCAGCUUCUGGCCCCCACCAGCCACGAGUACCAGGUGAUCGAGCGAUAUCUCCAGACCACCCAUGCCCCCACCCAUAGUGACUACACCAUGAGCGUCCUGGACAUGUUCUCAGUGGACAGGGAGGGAGAGAAGGACAGCUUCCUCUCACAGAUACACAACAGGACACUGCUGUGGCACGGCUCUCGUCUGUCUAACUGGGUAGGCAUCCUCAGCCAGGGGCUCCGAGUGGCUCCCCCCGAGGCCCCUGUCACGGGGUACAUGUUUGGCAAAGGCAUCUACUUUGCUGACAUGUCGUCGAAGAGCGCCAACUACUGCUUUGCCAGCCAGCAGAACAGCACAGGCCUGCUUCUCCUGUGUGAGGUUGCCCUGGGAGACAGUAACGAGCUGUUGGAUGCCGACUACGAGGCCGAGCAGCUCCCUGCAGGGAAGCACAGCACCAAGGGCCUGGGCCAGACGGGGCCCAGCCCCGACAACAGCCUCACUCUAGAUGGCAUGACUGUUCCUAUGGGCCCGAGCAAGAAGACGGGGGUGGGGGAGAAGGGUGGCUACUCCCUCCUCUACAACGAGUUCAUCGUCUACAACCCCGCCCAGACACGCAUGAGGUACCUCCUCAGAGUACGCUUCAACUACUCCUCCCUGUGGUGAGACGUGGUUACUGCAGCCCCGGGGAAGGGAAUCGCUCCCGACAACGAAGGAAAGAAGGUUCUUAUCUUGUCCAAAAAACAUUUAUUGGUAUACUUCUUUUUUUGACAAAUGCUACAUGCAUGUGUUUUGGCUCAUUGUAUGUCAUAAAGGGUUUUCAUGUAAAGAAAAUAAAGACUUAAAAAUGUGUCACCAUGUAAUGUAUAAGCUGCCUGUAACCAACAUUUAUCAUAAGGUAAUCUAAUUGUAAAGUCACAUCAUUGGGAAUCUUUUUUAAAUUUUAUUUUUUAAACUUUAUUUACAACAUCAACCAUAAAAUAAAAAAACGCACAUUGAAC